AUUUAAAGCAUACAAAAAUUACUGCGUAUAAAAUAUGCCCCAAUUGCCUGUCAAGAGUCAAAAUCUCGGAGACGAGCAAAUCUUUAAGAUUGCCAUGGCCUCCGUCACUCUACUCCGCCUAUGUAUUCCGCCGCCGUUCACCACCAAAACCUCCUCCGCUAAUCCUCCCUCCCAUCAAACCCGCCGCCCCUUACCCCAUCCUCUCAAACCCCUAAUACCAAAGCUAUUCCAAAUCGGAUCCCAAUUUAAGCCCCACAGCAGCAGAGCCCCCAUCUCAGCCUCCUACGGCCCGACGCCUGUCACAGACCGCCUGAUCUCCACGGUAGCGUACUUCCUUCCCUUCUUCAACGGCCUUCAGUAUGGGCGCUACCUCUUGGCCCAAUACCCAGCCCUAGCCAUCCCUCUCGACCCAUUUAUCCCGCUCCUCUCCCUCUAUCGCUCCAUCCCUCUCGCGAGCUUCGUCUCCUUCUUCGCCAUCUAUUUGGGCAUCGUCCGGAACCAGAGGUUCAGCCAUUACGCCCGAUUCAACGCACUGCAGGCUUUAGUUCUCGAUAUCCUCCUGGUGCUGCCGCUCAUGAUUCAGCGGAUCUUCACUCCGGGUCGGACCGGUCUCGGUCUCAAGGCUACGAUUUGGAUGCAUAAUGGGCUUUUUGUGUUUGUAGUGGGCUGUUUUCUCUACGGGCUUUUGUCCAGUGUUUUGGGCAAAACUCCUUACUUCCCCAUUGUGACUGAAGCUGCCAAGCAGCAAAUGUAGCAGUCAGUUUCUGUAUACAAACCCAAUGGCGGAAAAUGAAGAAGAGGAGGAGGAGUUGUAGUUCUUCCAAUGUAUCUUGUUUCCUUUAGUUAAGUAAUGUAGUGCAAGUUUUUAUUCAGUUAAGUUGGCGCUUUUGCUGUGUUAAUUGUAUAUCCUCUAAUUUAUUAUGAGGCUUUUCAUUUGAUAUUACUAAAUGAUUAUGGGUACUGAUUUUUAACUA